UAAUUUAAGUAUAGAUCUUUUCCAAUAGAUUAAUCCGUGACCGGUUCAGUCAAUUUUUUAUCGUCCAGUAAAGUAAAUUCGAAAAGUGCAUAUGGAUUAUGAUGGACGGUACGGUAUCAUGAGUGAUUCAAAUAUUAUAGGCAUAUGAUAUAUCCUACGAAAAAUUUAAACUCUCGUUGUAUAAAUAUAUGUUCUACUUUUUAUUAUCAUAUUACAUUAGGUAAUAUCAAAUUUAGGACGACCUAUCUCUACAUAAGUUUUUCAUAUAUUGUCAAAGUAAAUCAAGAAACGCUUGUGGUGGAUGGUCCACAAGUUCAGUAUCCCAUGUUUAUGUAUCCUGUUUAAAAAAAAAUCUCUAAAAAUACAUUAUAGUUCAUAUCAUAGAUACCUAAGUAAUAAUUUGACGGCCUUAUGCUUGACCGUAGCCCCAUAAACGUCCUACUUGCUAUUAGCGCAUUAUGCCCUGAGAGCAUCUAUACUAUCGCAUUGAAACUAACAAUUACACCUUAUGAAAUUUAUGAAAGAUGCGACACUAGUUACGACUUGUUUGUUUAAUUCCAAGGAGUUGGAAUAUUGUUGGAUGGAAUAUUUGGGAUGGCAAAUGGUUCCACUGUGUCCCCUGAAAAUGCUGCUCUGUUAGCAUUAACUCGUGUUGGCAGUCGAAGAGUUGUUCAAAUAUCUGCAGGCUUCAUGAUUUUCUUCUCUAUUCUCAGAGCUGCAGGUCUUGGCUACCUUCAGUUCUGCAGCGUCAACAAUUUUAGGGUGCUGUUCAUCCUGGGGCUCUCGGUGUUUCUUGGUUUCUCGGUCCCUCAAUACUUCAAGGAGUAUACGUCAGUUGUCGGCCAUGACCUUGCACGCACUAAUGCCAGAUGGGUAACGCUUUCUGUAUUGAUCAAGAUGGAACUGAGCUCGUUUCCUGUAUUCAAUUGUUAAUAAACCAAAAUGUCUCUCCAGUUCAACGAUAUUGUCCAUGUGAUAUUUCCUCGACUA